AUGAUGUAUUCACAAAAUUUCAAGAAUGUAAAGUUUAUUUCGAGAAGAUUUAUAACCUUAUGUUCUCAAAGAAUCCAGAGCAGCUUAAAAGAUGUAGACAAUGAAACACUGAACUUGUUGUCGCAUUAUAAAAGUAGGAAUAGUAUAAAUUUAUCAGUACGUAAUAAUGUAAUACCUAACUAUUUGAAAGAAUAUUUGAUAAGUGAUUUAAAUAAGAACCUCUAUUUAGAUAUAGACCAUUUUAAAAUGAUUGAAGAGAGUAUAUUAAAUUCAUUUAAUUUAGAAAAAAAAUACUGGGGAUGUCUAUUCAGAAGUAGUAAUUACAGUGAUAGUAAUAAUAACGAAGUUGAUGAUUAUUUCCUUUUGAAAUUAUUUAGAAGUUUUGUAAAUUCUAAAAAUAAAAUAAUGCAUAUAAGUUUUUCUCUAUCAGAUGCAGAAGAAAAAUGUGAAAAGGGAACAUGUAAAAAUCCAUCCAUAAUAGACGAUUUUUACAAUACAGUAUACAUAAAAAAUAAGGAUCAAAUAGACUAUAUGGAAAUAAAAAAACAGUAUGACGAUUUUAGUCCGAAUUUAAUAUAUAUAGAUGAAACUAAUAAUCCUUAUAGUAUGAAUUAUGAAUUCAUUAACAACUUGAAAAAUAGAAAUAAUUGUAUUAUAAUAACAAAUAUAAGUAAUAAGGCAAAUAUUAUAUCUCAGAAUCUUAUUCCUUCACCUUUUAACCACUCAGAUAUUGUAUUCACUUUUUUGAAUGAAAAUAUGCGAGCAUAUAAUUGUUAUAUAAUUAUGUAUAAAAAAGGAUAUAAGAAUAUUAACGAGGAAGGGAAAUUAAUCUCUUAUGAGUUUGGUGAAAAAUUGAAAAAGACAUUUUCUCAAAAUUAUGUAAAUAAUACUAUAUUUUCGUUAGCUACUUCAUUUAAAUUUAUGAGAAAUACCGAAUUUAAAGAAUAUGUAAUGCAGUCAAAUAAAAAUACAUCUAUAUUGUCUACCUAUAUUAACAAAAAAUAUUUUAAUUUGCAUUAUUCUAAAAACAGUAAUUUUUUAAAUUUAUGUUCUUCUAAUUCCAAUUUUAAUAUUCAAGAAUUUCAUACAUUCUGUAAACAUUUACAAAUAUUUUUUGAUAUUAUAAGUCCAUUUCCUUAUAAUCAAAAAUCAUUUAACAUAGGAUCAAAUUAUUUAACGAGUUUAGGCUUACUAGAAAACGACAUGAAAGUAGUAACAAAUUUUAUAAAUCAGUCCAUUUCCUUAUAUUUUCACUUAAAACAAAAUGCUAUAAAUUCAAAUACCCAAUUUGCAGAAUACAUAAAAAACGGAUACACGUCCUCUGACAUGUUGUCUCUUUCGAAUGAUAUUUUUUGUUUCAUUUCUUCAUUUCCGUCACCUCACAGUAAUUAG